CGGCUCGGCAGCCGGGAGGAAGAGCGCACGAGCGGGGCAAAGACCCGCCCCGGCUGCUCUUAAAGGCGAGCGCGGGGCGGGCCUGGCUGGGGGCGGUGCCGCGCGGCCACGCGCGCCUAUAAGGAGCUGUCCGCCACCCGGGUGCUGAUUCCGGCUCUCGAGCCCGGCGAGGUGGAUUUGGCUGUCCACCGAGCCCCCGCGCCUGUCGUUCUAAUCAGGUUUGGAUUUGCACCGUUAAAGAAGGGGAAAGAGGAGGAAGAGGCGGGCGAGGAAGGCGUGUCCAGCUAGCGGCUUCGCGGGGACCGUAGCCCCAGCCGCAGCUCCGGAGAAUCCCCCGCCACUGUUUCGGUGGAGCGCCUGGGCACGGGAUGGAGUGAAAGAGCAAGUGCCUCUCCAAGGGGGGGUGGGAGGGGGCCAGGCGGUGCGGAGGAGACAGAGCGAGCGAGAAGAAGCCGCGGCUGGCGCCUGCGAAUUUGGAAUUCGAUUGGGAGGGACCGCUCACUCGGGGGAAAUGGAUUCUGUACCAAGGCUGACCAGCGUUUUGACUUUGCUGUUCUCCGGCCUGUGGCAUUUAGGAUUAACGGCGACAAAUUACAACUGUGAUGACCCACUAGCAUCCCUGCUCUCUCCAAUGGCUUUUUCCAGUUCCUCAGACCUCACUGGCAUUCACAGCCCAGCUCAACUCAACUGGAGAGUUGGAACUGGCGGUUGGUCCCCAGCAGAUUCCAAUGCUCAACAGUGGCUCCAGAUGGACCUGGGAAACAGAGUAGAGAUUACAGCAGUGGCCACGCAGGGAAGAUACGGAAGCUCUGACUGGGUGACGAGUUACAGCCUGAUGUUCAGUGACACAGGACGCAACUGGAAACAGUACAAACAAGAAGACAGCAUCUGGACCUUUGCAGGAAACAUGAAUGCUGACAGCGUGGUGCACCACAAGCUACUGCACUCAGUGAGAGCCCGAUUUGUUCGCUUUGUGCCCCUGGAAUGGAAUCCCAGUGGGAAGAUUGGCAUGAGGGUCGAGGUCUACGGAUGUUCCUAUAAAUCAGACGUUGCUGACUUUGAUGGCCGAAGCUCACUUCUGUACAGGUUCAAUCAGAAGCUGAUGAGUACUCUUAAAGAUGUGAUCUCCCUGAAGUUCAAGAGCAUGCAAGGAGAUGGGGUCCUGUUCCAUGGAGAAGGUCAGCGUGGAGACCACAUCACCUUGGAACUCCAGAAGGGGAGGCUUGCCCUGCACCUCAGCUUGGAUGACAGCAAAGCACGGCUCAGCAACAGCUUGCCCUCUGCCACCCUGGGCAGCCUCCUAGAUGACCAGCACUGGCACUCAGUUCUCAUCGAGCGGGUGGGCAAGCAGGUGAACUUCACCGUGGACAAGCACACCCAGCACUUCCGCACCAAGGGCGAGACGGACGCCUUAGACAUUGACUAUGAGCUUAGUUUUGGAGGAAUUCCAGUACCAGGAAAACCUGGGACCUUUUUAAAGAAAAAUUUCCAUGGAUGCAUCGAAAACCUUUACUACAAUGGAGUAAACAUAAUUGACCUGGCUAAGAGACGAAAGCAUCAGAUCUAUACUGUGGGCAAUGUCACUUUUUCCUGCUCCGAACCACAGAUUGUGCCCAUCACAUUUGUCAACUCCAGCGGCAGCUAUUUGCUGCUGCCCGGAACCCCCCAAAUUGAUGGGCUCUCAGUGAGUUUCCAGUUUCGAACGUGGAACAAGGAUGGUCUGCUUCUGUCCACAGAGCUGUCUGAGGGCUCGGGGACCCUGCUGCUGAGCCUGGAGGGUGGAAUCCUGAGACUCGUGAUUCAGAAAAUGACUGAACGUGUAGCUGAAAUCCUCACAGGCAGUAACUUGAAUGAUGGCUUGUGGCACUCUGUUAGCAUCAACGCCAGAAGGAACCGCAUCACACUCACUCUGGAUAAUGAAGCAGCACCCCCGGCUCCAGACAGCACUUGGGUGCAGAUUUAUUCUGGAAAUAGCUACUACUUUGGAGGGUGCCCUGACAAUCUCACCGAUUCCCAAUGUUUAAAUCCCAUUAAGGCUUUCCAAGGCUGCAUGAGGCUCAUCUUUAUUGAUAACCAGCCCAAGGACCUCAUUUCAGUUCAGCAAGGUUCCCUGGGGAAUUUUAGUGAUUUACACAUUGAUCUGUGUAGCAUCAAAGACAGGUGUUUGCCAAACUACUGUGAACAUGGAGGAAGCUGCUCCCAGUCCUGGACUACUUUUUAUUGUAACUGCAGUGACACAAGUUACGCUGGUGCCACCUGUCACAACUCCAUCUACGAGCAAUCCUGUGAGGUGUACAGGCACCAGGGGAACACAGCUGGCUUCUUCUACAUUGACUCGGACGGCAGCGGGCCACUGGGACCUCUGCAUGUGUACUGCAAUAUCACUGAGGACAAGAUCUGGACGUCAGUGCAGCACAACAAUCCAGAGCUCACCCGAGUGCGGGGCGCCAACUCUGAGAAUCCAUAUGCCAUGGCCUUGGACUAUGGGGGCAGCAUGGAGCAGCUGGAGGCCGUGAUCGACGGCUCCGAGCACUGUGAGCAGGAGGUGGCCUACCACUGCAGGAGGUCCCGCCUGCUCAACACGCCAGAUGGAACACCAUUCACCUGGUGGAUUGGGCGUUCCAAUGAACGGCACCCUUACUGGGGAGGUUCUCCUCCUGGAGUCCAGCAGUGUGAAUGUGGCCUAGACGAGAGCUGCCUGGACAUUCGGCACUUUUGUAAUUGCGACGCUGACAAGGAUGAAUGGACAAAUGAUACUGGCUUUCUUUCCUUCAAAGACCACUUGCCUGUCACUCAGAUAGUUAUCACUGAUACCGACAGAUCAAACUCAGAAGCCGCUUGGAGAAUUGGUCCCUUGCGUUGCUAUGGUGACCGACGCUUCUGGAACGCCGUCUCGUUUUAUACAGAAGCCUCUUACCUCCACUUUCCUACCUUCCAUGCGGAAUUCAGUGCCGAUAUUUCCUUCUUUUUUAAAACCACAGCAUUAUCCGGAGUUUUCCUAGAAAAUCUUGGCAUUAAAGACUUCAUUCGACUCGAAAUAAGCUCUCCUUCAGAGAUCACCUUUGCCAUUGAUGUCGGGAAUGGUCCUGUAGAGCUUGUAGUCCAGUCUCCUUCUCUUCUGAAUGACAACCAAUGGCAUUAUGUCCGGGCUGAGAGGAACCUCAAGGAGACCUCCCUGCAGGUGGACAACCUUCCAAGGAGCACCAGGGAGACAUCAGAGGAGGGCCAUUUCCGACUGCAGCUGAACAGCCAGUUGUUUGUAGGGGGAACGUCUUCCAGGCAGAAAGGUUUCCUAGGAUGCAUUCGCUCCUUACACUUGAAUGGACAGAAACUGGACCUGGAAGAGAGGGCAAAGGUCACAUCUGGAGUCAGGCCAGGCUGCCCAGGCCACUGCAGCAGCUAUGGCAGCAUCUGCCACAAUGGGGGCAAGUGUGUGGAGAAGCACAGUGGCUACCUGUGCGAUUGCACCAAUUCACCUUAUGAAGGGCCCUUCUGCAAAAAAGAGGUUUCUGCUGUUUUUGAGGCUGGCACGUCAGUUACUUACAUGUUUCAAGAACCCUACCCUGUGACCAAGAAUGUAAGCCUGUCAUCUUCAGCUAUUUACACAGAUUCAGCUCCAUCCAAGGAAAGCAUCACAUUUAGCUUUGUGACAGCCCAGGCACCCAGUCUUUUGCUCUUUGUCAAUUCUUCUUCUCAGGACUUCCUGGCUGUUCUGCUCUGCAAGAAUGGAAGCUUACAGGUUCGCUAUCAGUUGAGCAAGGAAGAAUCCCAUAUAUUCACCAUUGAUGCGGAGAACUUUGCCAACAGGAGGAUGCACCACUUGAAGAUUAACCGAGAGGGAAGAGAGCUUACCAUUCAGAUGGACCAGCAGCUUCGACUCAGUUAUAACUUCUCUCCAGAAGUGGAGUUCAAGGUUAUAAGGUCACUCACCCUAGGCAAAGUCACAGAGAAUCUUGGUUUGGAUACUGAGGUUGCUAAAGCAAAUGCCCUGGGUUUUGUUGGAUGCAUGACUUCCGUCCAGUACAACCACAUAGCACCACUGAAGGCUGCCCUGCGCCAUGCCACUGUCGCGCCGGUGACUGUCCAUGGGACCUUGACAGAAUCCAGCUGUGGCUUCAUGGUGGACUCAGAUGUGAACGCGGUGACCACGGUGCAUUCUUCAUCAGAUCCCUUUGGGAAGACAGAUGAGCGUGAACCACUCACUAAUGCAGUUCGAAGUGAUUCGGCAGUCAUUGGAGGGGUGAUAGCAGUGGUGAUAUUCAUCAUCUUCUGUAUCAUCGGCAUCAUGACCCGGUUCCUCUACCAGCACAAGCAGUCACAUCGUACAAACCAGAUGAAGGAGAAGGAAUAUCCAGAAAAUUUGGACAGUUCCUUCAGAAAUGAGAUUGACUUGCAAAACACAGUGAGCGAGUGUAAACGGGAAUAUUUCAUCUGAAAAACUGCAGGGUUCCAACUACUCUUUUUUCUUGUUGCUCAAUUAUCUCCUCCCCCUCUUCUCUCCUGUCUUUUAAUUUGUUCAUUCUCUUUAUUUUCUGCUUGCCAUUUCUUUUUUGGGACAUACUGCAUCCACCACAGCAUCAAUUCUCUUGACCCAGCCCAGGAGACCAGGCCCCACUGCCUUCCUCUCUGAUGAACCUAUCGGGUAAAAACGACUACUCAAGAGACUGACUUCACUAUUCAAGACAAGGAAGAGACACGUGUGCACUUCUGCAUGUUCGGUUCUGUACUUAAGUUUCUAAAAUGCACUGUUCAGUUUUGCAGCCAUUUGGUGGUUCAGGCUUGCUUUGAACCUAAGCUCUGUGGCUUAGGCACAUGACGGACAUUCCUGAUAUCCUUCCCAUCUCAAGUCCUUUCUUACCAGGGAACCCAGGGCAAGGAGAGAAGAACCUAGAGGCCUGGUUUGCCUUGGUGGCAUUGUAAAAGGACUAAGAGAGGUUUGUUUUGUGAUUAUGUACUUUCUUUACCAUAGGCAAUCCCUUGCCUUUACUCAUCAAGCUUUUUCACUAUGACUCUUACUUAGCCCCUGAGUAUUUUCAAAUGUAUGAUUGCUGAUAGUAGUGAGCAAAAUCACUUUGUUCCUUUCUCACUACUUUCUCCUGGGGCCAACACUUUGGGACAGUACACCAUAGCAUAAGGCUAGGGGAUGCAUGGAAAUAGUAGCUUGAAACUAGGACGUAACAAGGAAGCUUCUAGGAAGUAGAUAUUCCAUAUCUUCAAAAAUGCCUCCUCCAAUUUUGUAAGAAUGCUAGCUAGGUAUCCUGGGAUUAUUAUACUGAGAUAAAAUAUAUAUGCACACAUAUACGUUGCUGCAGCAUAAAGAAAUUGAAAUAAAAGUUUAAAAUAGCACCUUGUUCAAUGAAAGAGCCUAAACCAUCUUAACUCAGCUUUAAAACAAAAAUGAAAUCAGGAAAAAAAAAAUGAAAAAAAAAAAAAAAACUGCAUGAAAGAAGAGAAAUACCAAACAGAAUUCUUCCCUUCCAUUCACUUACUAAAGACCUGGUGAGGACAAUUAAUUUAAAUUUGCAAGUUUCACAUUUUUGAACAUCAAGCUAUUUUCCAAGAGGUUUAGGAUGCAUUAGCAUAAGAUGCAUAACAUAAGAUGCAUUAACAUUAACAUAAGUGGCAUGGUCACCUCUAGCUAACGUUGCUAACUAACAGGGCUCCUCCUUAGCUAUCAUAUUUUCAAAUCUGCUAUGCCCUAUAUACAUAAAGACCCUUCCACACACCAUUUUGUUGAAUUAAACUCCCAGUAGAGGUGGUGACAAAUUUCAGGGUCUUGGCCCCUUUUGGUAACAAAGCAUUGAAAACACAGUCAUUCCUGCAAGAAGCACCUUGAGCUCAUCCAUAGGGUUGUGGCAAAGAUCUUAAUGAUUUUUCUGUGGCAAUAUACAUCAUUCUUUGUCCCGGGCCAUCUUGGAGAAAAAGGUAAGGAGAAAACAAUAUAAAUGCUCCAAGAUGCCGGAAAUGCUCAUACAAUGAUUCUCAGAUGUGGAAAACACUUGCUGAUUCUCUUUAGGAGGCAGAUUCAGUUUGGAAAACAAUGACCACAGCUCUGUUCGCCAGCCUUGACAGUUAGCAGACAUUCCGUCUUGUGCUUAGUGUACACUGUCUCUCGCCUCUCACAAUGAGGAACUUAGUUGCUUCAUGCCAUUUCGAGAACAGCUUUUCUUUCAGUUUCAGCGCUUAUGAGAUAAGGAUUUAGUUUGCAAUUAUGUUUCUCUAUUUUAAGAUAUUCUUUCCUUAAAAUUGUCUGUGAAUCUGAGCUUAAUCACUUUGUCAUCUACAUUACAUCUUUUGGCUAGUAAAUAUAUUUUAACGUGAUUUUAACAAUGAUAACAUUUCUCUCAUUUUAGUUUUUGUUUAUCUGUUGUUUUUUUUUAGACAGAGUUUCACUCUGUUGCCCAGGCUGCAGUGCAAUGGCGUGAUCUCGGCUCAUGGCAACCUCUGCCUCCAGGGUUCAAGCAGUUCUCCUGCCUCAGCCUCCUGAGUAGCUGAGAUUACAGGCACCUACCACCACGCCCAGCUAAUUUUUGCAUUUCUUUUUUUUUUUUUUUUUUGAGACGGAGUUUUGCUCUUGCUACCCAAACUGGAGUGCAAUGGCGUGAUCUCAGCUCACUGCUACCUUCGCCUCCUGGGUUCAGGCAAUUUUCCUGCCUCAGCCUCCCUAGUAGCUAGGAUUACAGGCACGUGCCAUCAUGCCCAGCUAUUUUUUUGUAUUUUUAAUAGAGACGGGGUUUCACCAUGUUGACCAGGAUGGUCUCGAUCUUUGACCUCGUGAUCCACCCAUCUCGGCCUCCCAAAGUGCUGGGAUUACAGGCGUGAGCCACCGCACCCGGCCUAAGUUUUGCAUUUCUAAUUGAGAUGUGCUUUUACCGUGUUGCCCAGGCUGAAGUGCAGUGGCAUGAUCUUGGUUCACUGCAACCUCCACCUCCCAGGUUCAAGCGAUUCUCCUGCCUCAGCCGCCCGAGUAGCUGGGAUUACACGUGCCCACCACCACGCCCAGCUAAUUUUUGUAUUUUAGUAGUGACAGGGUUUCACCACAUUAGCCAGGCUGGUCUCGAACUCCUGACCUCAUGAUCCACCCGCCUUGACCUCCCAAAGUGCUGGGAUUGCAGGCAAGAGCCCCCACGCCCAGCCUCCUUUUAGUUUUAAUAAGAUGAAUGAUUCUUGAGUAAGACAAAGGAUCUUUAAAUACUGUUUUCCCCUGCUCUUUCCUCCCUUUCUUCAAUUUUCACUUUUGAAUUUGCUAUUUCCAUAAAAAUGCUGUAUAAAUUGGCCUUUUGCUUGGCUAUAUAUUGCUUUGUCCCCUGAAAUAUAAGUCACCAUGAAGUGUAGUGGGUUUAGCCUGAAGCAGCUCCAAUAAUGAAAUAGAAAGGGAAAGGAAGGUGUGAGUAAUAAAGCUGGACCCCUUCAUUAUUCAAUCUCUGAGCAGUGAGGACUAUAUUUUGCUGUCAUAGUGCUAAUAGAAGAAAUGGAGACUAGCAAAGGCUAACUCAGAGUAUUUGAUUUUCUCAUCUAAGUAUAUAUGCUUGUAGAUUGUCCUGCAGAAUGAAGAAUCUGUGAAGCUCUAUCCUGACCACAAUUGCACUACAAAAUCAACUGGGAUCUUCCUCCUGUGUGUAGACUCCACGCACACUACAUACCACAGACUAAAUAUAGAUGCCAGGACAGUGCAGUCUGCACUCUACUCUUCUAAGUAGUCUCAGGGCCUAAGCAGAAUUAUUUUUACAGGGUUGAAUUAUUUCAAAACCCCAGAAAACACUAACUUUCGCUAGAUGUAUGUGAAAUACAAGUGAGCCGUACCCUCCAAAGUAGAAUUCAAUUUACAGUUAGAUAUUGUGCUAACUCUGACUGUCUUUCCUCAGUCUUACCAAGAUCCAUGCAGUUUUAUGUAAUUGUUCAAUUGUGUGAAUGUUUCAAUCCUUGAGUAAUUAUUAACUUGAAGGAGACUUUGAAAGCAUCUUAAUCUUGCUUAACCACUUUUUUUGUUUUUUUUUUUUUUGUUAACCUACCCCAUUCAGGUUUCCCAACUAUAUGCUCUGGCCAUCUGUGCCACAAUGAUCUCUUCCACUUAAACCUUCAGCCUUCGAUAACUGCUGUUUACAAAAAGAUUUUAUAGCAUAUGUGUCACUUUACAGUAAAACCAAAAGUACUUGUGAAAUUUCAUAUUUUCAUGGGGCUGUUUCACUGAUUUUUUUUCCACCAAACAAAUCUAUUUAUGUAAGCAACAGUGUAUUUGCUUACCCUAAAAUAUAUUUAACCUACUGCAUCAUUUAUUGUGUAUAUAGGCUCAACUGCCAUCUUUGUGAAAAUUUGUCUGGAGAAAUAGACAUUUGUCAUUUCUCUAGAUACAUUUUUAUGGAUAGCUUUGCCCCUUCUAUUCACCCUCAGCUGUUUGUAGAAGAUUUAUUUAAGGAUCCUAGGGGUAAUAUUUUAAAACAAUUUUUUUUCUCUUUAGCAAUAACAGAGAUGGUACUAAUUUGACUUCUACGUCUUGUCAGACCCAUCUACACCUAAACGUAGCAAGAGCAGGAUAGAACAAAAUAAAGAGAUUGUUCUCUUCUUUCUUCAUUCAUGAAGUAUUUAUUGAAUGCCAAUGAGUGCUAUGCUAGGCAUUGGAUGAACAUAUAUAAAUCACAACUUUUCCUUGUCUUUGGGGAGCUCAAAGUCUAGCAGGCAAGGCCUGUAUUGUUACAACAGGGGUAUGCAUAAAGUGCCCAAGAAUGCAACACACGGUCCUGCACAAUUAUUUUUGUAAAGAAUUUUCUAGAAAGAAACAGCUAAAUUUCUGAGAAAUAUUUGUCUUUUUUUUUUUAAUUACUGCUUCCCCCUUCCAUAAGCUGUUUUGUUUCUCCUCCUCAAAGUAAAUAUCUAUUAAGCAUGUAGAUUUCUGUUGAAAGGAGAAGAUUGAUUUUUAGGGACAGUAACAAUAAAUGGUCUCUGCGUCUGCCAUACAUUUGGGGAGGCCGAAUUCUCUACAUUCUUGUUUGAGGUCAGGUUAGGUGAUUCCAUAAGGCUUCCUUCCCAUGAGUUGGACCGAAGUGUCUCCAGUUUGGCCCUUGUCCUUCCCUUUUCUCAGUUCUUUUACUGCCAUGUGUUUGUGGCCUAUUGCAUGCCAUUGUUCUUCCAGAUGUUGCUGAAAGUGGUGUUACGGCAGUCCAGCUGUUUCUCAAAUCCUCCUUUGUCCUGAUGAACCAUUUUGACUCUACAUAGGCAAAUUUCUGAAAUUAACUGAAGUCUACCCUUCAGUCCAUAAGCGACUAAAAAAUGUUGUCCAUUUAUGUGAGGUCUCACUUUUCAGCCUGAGCGAAUGUUUGCUGUCUUAAGGUCAUAGCUGCUCCCUCUCUGCAGGAAGUUAAUUCAGUUACAGAAGCUGCACUGGGAGGGUGCAAACACAGCCAACUUAUCCAGUUCAAGAUAUCCAGGGAGACGAGGAUCAGGCCUGUUGAAUCCUUUCUCAGGAAAAGAAAGGUCUUAACAGAUUGUUCACCAACUGCCCUAGCUUCCUUUGAGCUACCAUCUAUCAAAACCUCACUGCAGCAGCAGCCUGCCAAAAGGCCUUUGGGAUACUUGUAUGGUUCUGCCACUCAUUCUUCCUUAACCAAAAGGCUUGGAGAUACUUAGUCCUCAAUUGUCCUACAAGUCAUGUAUCGACUAAAUAAAUAAACAGACUGUUGUUCCUGAAGAUGGCACAGGUUAUUAACGGAAGAAGAUGCAGGAAAACUCAAAACUUUCAGUAAUCUUGGAGGAUAACUGAGUGCUAUUUCGUGUCUCUCAUGCAGUUUGAACAUGUUUUCUUAAAAUGCAUAUAAUGGAAUUAAAUUACUUCUCUAUACUGUUCUUGGGCCUUCCUUGGCCUCUUCUUUUAUCCCCUCUUCCAUACUCUUGUUUGUGGAACCAUCUAAUUUGCAGAUUUUGGUUGUCUCUAAUUCUCAGAUCUGCCUUCAGAAAUUCCAAAUAGUUGAACCACCUAAAGGGGAAAAAGUGCAACACACACACAUGCACACACAUGUGCACACUUUGUAAAAAUAGGGCUGUUAUUCAACUUUUCUCUAGAACAUUCUACAUACGUAUCUGUUCGGUAGGGAGAGAAGCAUUCCUCUUUUAUGUUGACAAUUAUUUGAAUCCUUCAUAUAAGGUUUUAAUAAUUAAUCGGUUUGCUAUUUUUGAGUGAUUAUUUUAUUUUGCACUAAGGUACUCCGAGGAAGAACAGAAAAGCACAUUUUCUAGUGAAAUAUUGUACUUUGUAAGCUAGUUGUCUGUCUUUUGUAAUGUUCAUAGUCUACGAAGUGGCUGAGCAAACAUGAACAGCGGUUAAUGCAAAAGUUGCUUUUGGUUUCAACCCCACCCGCUGGGAACUUCUCAAGGAGGAAGAGGGGCCGGUGGCAGGAAUUGGUGGCUGUCUGAGGGGAGGAAGGUCACUGUUUCCACCAGGAAUCAGUGGUGGCAGCCAUUACACUUUCCUGGCUCCUAACUCAGGAGUCUCUUUAGUGCAUUUGAAUCAUUGUCUUACUCAUUAGGGAAAGAGGCAAUGUCAUGGGCUUUGCAUGAAUAAUUCUUUACUCACCUUUGCAUGAUAUUUUUUUACCUUCCAACACUUCUUCAGUCACAAAUUUUUUUCAAUUCUUAAAAAAAAUUUUCAGGAUUUUCUCAGAGUGCUUUAGAGCUAUUACUAUAAUUAUCUAACCUGCCCAGGCUAAGCACCCAGAUACAACUUUCAGGAAACAAAACUGUCAGGAAACUGCCCUACAUCUAUUAUCCUCAAUCAGAGCCCCUGCGAGUGGAAGUCCUCAGAUUCUGGAAUACAGCCAGUGUCUUUCUUUUCCUUCCAUUGGUCCUGAAAUGAAUAAAUAUACCAUAACUGUAAGAAGGAAUGAUUACUCUGCAGCCCUGACAAUGAGUACCACCAGGGACCUAGGAUCUAAGACCAUCUGGGAACACUGUUUUUCUCAGUCCUUCAGGUGACACAGGGAAACCCUUUAUAAAAUAGGACAAAAUUAGGAGAUUAGUCCCAAGCCAAGACCAAAAGUGAAGAUAAUUGCGUUCAUGAUUAAAGCCUGGUCUUAUUUUCAUUAGUGUCAUAGUCUUACACGCUUCGGGUGCCAGAAAUAUCUUCAGAGAAUAUGAAUAACGUGCUGGAUAUGCACCAGGAAUAAUGCAUUCCCCUACAGAUUCUUUGAAAGGUUUUCUCUUUCAAGAAAACUUGAAGGGAAAAUAUUAAUGGGCAUCAGCCUGGGCAUACAUUCCCAUUAAAGUCGGCCUCUAUCCCAAAUGUUUUACAUGAAAUAUUCACCUAGUCUAUUCUGUUUGAAAGGCAGUAUCAACCUGUGUAAACUUGUCCUGCCUCAAACACUGUUGAAAACAAUACCAAACUUUAAACCAGCAUCGUUAUAUAAGAGAAACUGCAUUUAGUGAGCACCGAGACUAAGAAAUUUCUCUUACAGAGUCUGGCAGUUGACAGGCUUCCUGAUAUCCCAUGUUGCCUUGGGCUAACGUUUUCCUUAGUCACUAGCCUAUGGCAGAAAGGCAGCCAUGUAUAAAUGAAUACCCAUGGCCAUGUUCCAAUAUAACUUUCUUUACAAAAACUGAUAUAGUCCAUAGGUUGUGGUUUGCUGAUUCCUAAGAUAGAGCAUUACAGUGUCUGUUUCGGAUGGGAAGUAAGUCUUCCUAUGGCAUGUUCGGGCCCUCACAUUCAGGGAAUGAGAAAGAGUAAGGAGAUAAAUAAUAAAUUGCAGAAUAACCUCCCCACAAAAAUACACAUAUGUCAGACUCUUUCUUAUGGUAAAAGCAUAAAACAGGUCAUCUAUUUGUGGGGCUGCUGGAGUCUACAUUUUCCUUUUUAUCUUCUGAUUUUGUUCUUAAAACAAAAUCCCAAGUGAUGUUGCCUCAUUCCAAGUCAGCUUUGUAGACCAUGUAACGUGUCUGAAUACACUGUAUGGGGAAAAAAUAAAAGUUAGCCUUAGACUUCUUUGUUUUCUAUGGUUAUUGUUGUACAGAAGAAAGACAAACUGUAAAUAAUGUAUAUUUAAUAAAGAGAUCAUUUUGUAUGA